GGAGGCAGGCGCGGCUCGCCGGCGGCGGGGACGGGACGCGGCCCGGGUCCUGGAGAGAGCGGGCGAGCGAGAUCCUGAGGGGCGGCGUCGGGUAUAAGCUGUAACCAUGACUACCGAAGUUGGCUCUGCAUCUGAAGUAAGAGACUCUGACCAAUUGGGAGCAGAUGCAAUCAAGGAGAAAGCUAAAGAAGUAGCAGAAAAUCAGAGAAAUCUGUCAUCUGAGCCCGAAGAGGAAAAACCAUCUCCUACAGCUGAAAGCCAAAGUAGUCCACGCCGCCGUAAGAGAGAGAAAGAUCCAUCUGAGAGCAGGGGUAUUUCUCGGUUCAUUCCCCCGUGGCUUAAGAAACAGAAGUCAUAUAACUUAGUAGUGGCCAAAGAUGGAGGAGAUAAAAAAGAAUCUACCCAAGCUGUUAUGGAAGAACAAAUCUUAGAUAAAGAGGAUUCCCUUCCGUUAGAAGAGAGACGGGCUAAGGGUGAUGCUGAAGAAACGGUUCAGAGGAAGCAUCAAGAGGUUAAGGUGGAGGUGAAGGAAGAAAAGCCUUCUGUGAGCAGUGCUGAGACACAGCCUGCUGAAGAAGUAAAGGAGGAGAAAGAAGAGGCGAAGGUUAAGGAAAUACAGAUUGACAAAUCUGAAGGAGAAGCAGCAAAAAGGGAGACCAAGGAAGUGCAGACCAAUGAGCUGAAGGCGGAGAAGGCUUCCCUGAAAGCUACCAAGAAGACCAAAACUGUACAGUGUAAAGUGACUCUCCUAGAUGGCAGUGAAUACACUUGUGAUCUGGAGAAACGUGCUAAGGGUCAAAUGUUAUUUGACAAAGUGUGUGAACACCUCAAUCUUCUGGAAAAGGACUACUUUGGACUUUUGUUUCAGGAAAAUACUGAACAAAAAAACUGGCUAGAUCCUGCAAAAGAAAUAAAGAGACAACUUCGAAAUCUUCCCUGGCUGUUCACUUUUAACGUGAAAUUUUAUCCUCCUGAUCCUUCUCAACUUACUGAAGAUAUCACCAGAUACUUCUUGUGCCUUCAGCUUCGGCAGGACAUUGCCUCUGGCCGCCUGCCUUGUUCCUUUGUGACUCAUGCUCUUUUGGGAUCCUACACACUGCAGGCUGAACUUGGAGACUAUGACUCAGAAGAGCAUGGCAGUAUUGACCUCAGUGAUUUCCAGUUUGCCUCCAAUCAGACUAAGGAGUUGGAAGAGAAAGUGGCUGAGCUACAUAAAACCCACAGGGGCUUAUCUCCAGCACAAGCUGAUUCUCAGUUCUUAGAAAAUGCAAAGAGGCUUUCCAUGUAUGGUGUUGACCUACAUCAUGCCAAGGACUCAGAAGGUGUGGACAUCAAGCUGGGCGUUUGUGCUAAUGGCCUCCUCAUUUACAAAGACAGACUGAGAAUCAAUCGUUUUGCUUGGCCGAAAAUCCUGAAAAUUUCCUAUAAGCGCAGUAACUUCUACAUUAAAGUUAGACCUGCAGAGCUGGAACAAUUUGAGAGCACCAUUGGAUUCAAACUACCAAACCAUCGGGCAGCGAAAAGGCUAUGGAAAGUGUGUGUGGAGCAUCAUACUUUCUACAGACUUGUGUCUCCAGAGCAGCCACCAAAGGCUAAGUUCCUGACCUUGGGAUCUAAAUUCCGCUACAGCGGCCGCACACAAGCACAGACUCGUCAAGCAAGCACCCUCAUAGACAGACCUGCACCACACUUUGACCGCACCUCUAGUAAAAGAGUCUCCAGGAGUUUAGAUGGAGCUCUGAUUGGUUCUGUGGACCAAAGUUUUAUGAAGGAUUUUCCAGGUCCUGCUGGAGAAAUUUCAGCAUAUGGCUCUGGAGUCGUCAGCACUGCCAUGGUGGUACAAGAUGGAGAUGGCCGGAGGGAUGUUCGAAGCGCAAGUAAAGGUUCACAUGUGCAGCUCAUUGAAGGAAAGAAAAAUUCCUUGAGAGUAGAAGGGGAUAAUAUUUAUGUCAGACAUAGCAAUUUAAUGUUGGAGGACCUGGAUAAGGCCCAGGAAGACAUACUGAGACAUCAGGCUAGCAUUAGUGAACUCAAGCGCAAUUUUAUGGAAUCCACACCUGAGCCGCGCCCCAAUGAAUGGGAAAAACGACGUAUCACACCUCUGUCCCUACAGACACAAGGGAGAAAAGGAGACCAUCUUUUCAAGGAUAUCUUAUCCAUGAAGGAGAAGUACCUGAUGGCCAAAACACGGACUGUUGAAGAAAAAGCUCAGGAGGCAGACAAGACACGUGCUCCCGAGUCAGAAGGGCCUUGCACUGGAGCCAAAGAUGCUGUUAAGAGUUCACAUGAAACUCUGAAUGUAGUGGAGGAGAAGAAGCGGGCAGAGGUUGGGAAAGACGAAAGAGUAAUCCCAGAAGAAAUGAAUGGUAAAGAGAUCUCACCUGGGAGUGGUCCUGGGGAGAUUCGUAAGGUGGAGCAUGUGACACAAAAAGACUCCACCUCCCUGUCUUCUGAGAGCAGCAGCAGCAGUGAGAGUGAGGAGGAAGAUGUGGGAGAGUACCAACCCCACCACCGUGUGACCGAGGGCAUCAUAAGGGAAGAGCAGGAAGAAUAUGAAGAAGAGAUGGAGGAAGAGCCCGGCCAAGCAGCCCAGGUAGUAGAGAGGGAGGCAGCAGUGCCUGAAGCCAGCCCAGACAGACAAGCAGGUGCCAGUGUAAUCACAGUAGAAACAGUGGCCCAGGAAAAUGUAGUUGUCCAAAAGAUGCCUGCAGAGAAGAGUGUUCACGAAGGCACUGUUAAGCAAGACAUAAGAGAAGACACAGAGGAAGAACAACAUACAGUUAACGGAGAGGUGUCUCAUGUUGACAUUGAUGUUUUGCCACAAAUUAUUUGUUGUUCAGAGCCACCAGUGGUAAAAACAGAGAUGGUAACAAUUUCUGAUGCCUCACAAAGGACAGAGAUCUCUACCAAGGAAGUCCCCAUUGUCCAAACUGAGACCAAAACCAUCACAUAUGAAUCUCCACAGAUUGAUGGCGGGGCUGGUGGUGAUUCAGGCACGUUACUGACUGCACAAACCAUCACAUCUGAGUCCGUGUCAACAACGACAACCACACAUAUCACCAAGACUGUAAAAGGUGGAAUAUCUGAAACAAGAAUUGAGAAACGCAUUGUGAUUACAGGAGAUGCAGAUAUUGAUCAUGACCAGGCACUGGCUCAGGCAAUUAGGGAGGCCAAAGAACAGCACCCUGACAUGUCAGUCACAAGAGUGGUAGUGCACAAAGAAACAGAAUUGGCAGAGGAAGGGGAAGAAUAAAGGUAAGAGAAAAAUCAUUUUAUAAACAACAUUUAACUUGUUGAACCUGAAGAAUUUUGACCAUUCCAAGUCUUAAUUGCCACAUCACUACUCAAGCAAAUUUGUGCUACAACUGGUAACAAUGACCAGGAGCCUGAAGAAUUAAAAUGCCAACACCAAACCUUACCUUAACAGCUCUGGUCUAUACUAUUCUUGUGCAUUUUUAAUAUGUUAUUUUGUUUUAUAACCACUUAAUAUCCUUGUUUCUUACUUUUUUUUAAUUGAGGGAUUUUGUUUUUAUUUCCUCUUUACCUUGUGUACAACCACCUGCUUUUUAUGACUCAUUUACCCCGAUGACAGUGAACAAAGCCAGCCCAGGCUGGUGAGGUGCUGUUCACUUGAACAGGUGCUGUUAUGCGGAAAGGAACCUCUGUGACUAAUUAAAAGAGUGGUUUUCCUUGUUCCAUCUUUUCCCAUUGAAUUCUUACAGUAAAUAUUUACAGAGUUUUCAGAUUACAGUAAAUAUACUGUAUAAGAAAAUAUUAAUACCAAUUAAAAGCAUUUCUUACAUCUUUAAAUUUUUCUAAUCUUUGAAAAUUUCACUAGGAAUAUUUUUUAUAUUGAACCCUUUUGACUUUCCAGUCCUCUGACUUUUUGCUUUCAGUAGAGAGUCAGAGAAUCUCCAGACUGGAGAAUUAUGAAGCUGAUGACCAUGCACUGUGUUCAAGGACUUUAUCAGACCACAGUGCCAGUACUCACACUCUCGUUCACAGCAUUCCAGAAUAGGAGGGAGGAAAAGAGAAACUGCCCUCCCUUCUACUAAAAUGUUCCGGCAGCUUAAAACCUUAGUGCUUUCUUUCUUAACACUUCCGAAUUUCAGUACUUUCCAUUAUUUGAACAUUGGGUAGAAAACCUGCUUUGUAUUAAGCCUUGUCUAUAUGUAAAACUGACCUCCUGUUACUGAGCAGGUCUAUCUCUUUCAGAUAGCUUGGUUUUGAGGAUACUGAGGAGAGGAGAGGAAUAGGGGGUUAUGGUGGGAUUUUUGUUAGUCUAAGAAAGUGAUGCUGUUUAAAGCUGACACCAGAGACAUGAUAGGAACUUACUAUUAACUGUAUUGAAUUAUUUUUCCCCUUGCUUUUGACCCUAUGUAUAGUUACAAUGCCAUAUUAGAUUUAUAGCCGCUUCAAGUUGUAUUAAAUGAUAUUUUGCUUUCUGUAAUACUGUUAUAAAAUAAAGUUUGUUUAUUCUCUAAA